CCAGGAAGUAUUUGUCCGGAGUGGAUCCACAUCCGGUGCAGUUCCGUGUUUACGUGAGGAGUUAGCAUUGAUAGUAUAGCUAUAAAACGGCGUUAGCAUGCGAACCGACGGACGGUGUGCGGCUCGGUAUCGACAGAACCGGUAACGUUAACGUCAGCGUGACAACCGGCGGUUCCCGCGCGAGUUUAACCGGAUAUAAAGAGGAAACCGAGAAGAUGUCUCCGCCCGCUGAUGCUAAUAGCAAUGCUAAUGCUAACGUGGACGAGAAGGUUGUUCAGUACGAAAACUUCAUCAACGAAGUUCUGAGGAGAGAUUUACAGAAGGUGUUGGAGCACAGAGACUCUGUUUAUGAGAAGAUCUCUCAGUACCUGCAGCUGAAGAACACCUUACAGAGUCUGCAGGAGUCGGGCUGUGGACAGAUGAAGACAGAUGUGGAUCUGGGCUGUAACUUCUACGUCCAGGCUGAAGUUGAGGACUCGUCGAGGAUCUUCGUGGCCGUGGGUUACGGGUUCUUUGUGGAGAUGACUCCUGAUGAAGCUCUGAGGUUCAUCGAUAAGAAGACGAGUCAGCUGACAGCCUUCACGGAGCAGCUGACCAAAGACUCUGCUCAGAUUAAAGCCAACAUCCGGAUGGUGCUGGAGGGGCUGCGGGAGCUGCAGGGGCUGACCGACCUGCCAGAGAGCAGAAGAAGAGAAGUCUUCUAGGUUCAACGUGGUCGUUUGAUAGAAACUGAAGAUGAAGAUAACGUGAUGAAGAUGGAGGAAGAGGAGGUGCAGGAUCUUCACUGUCUGUACAUGCUAGCAGCGGCUAACAGCUAGCUUAGCAUGAAGCGUGCUAGCGUCAGUGAACACAGAGUGUAUUAAAGAGACAGAAACUCCACGUGGCCAUUAAUUCAUUUAUUAAUGAUGUCAGAGACAUAAACUCAUAAUUAGGGACCGAGCCAGCGACCGCUUAUUAUUGUUAUUGUUAUUAUUAUUGUUAUUAUUGUUAUUAUUGUUAUUAUUGUUAUUAUUAUUAUUAUAAUUAUUAUAAUUGUUUUUAUUAUUAUUAUUAUUGUUAUUAUUGUUUUUAUUAUUAUUAUAAUUAUUAUAAUUGUUUUUAUUAUUAUUAUUAUUGUUAUUAUUAUUGUUUUUAGCCCCCUUCGACUGCGUUUCUGCCCUGAUCAGAUACGAAAACUCAAUUUUAUUUGGUAAAAUUGUCAGACCACUAGGUGGCGCUACUAUCAUAAAAACUGCGUAGUUUGUCGCACAUUCAUAAACCUUGUAUCCACGUGUUCGGUGAACGGAGCUGAAUCUCGCCAUAUAGGCCCCGCCCACUAUAAUCUUUCUCCGCUAGAGCGCGAAAUGUCAAUAAACUACUUUUCCGUGUUCCCCCCAUGCGCUUUGUCCGAUUCACACAAACUUUUUCACGUAGCAUCUGAGGACCCUCAAAAUAAAAAAGUGAUUAACAGAAUUUUGAUAUUUCAAAAAUUAAAAUUAUCACUUCCUGUGGAUUAUUUGUCAAAAAAGGAAGAGGACCAUUUCUCCACAUUGGUUUGUCCGAUUUACACCAAACUUGGGUCCAUAGUUCAACAUGUCUUCCUUAGGCAUCGUGCACAAUUUCAGGCCAUCGCCACUAGGUGGCGCUCUUUAAAAUGUAGAAGUUUAUAUCUCUACAACGGUAUGUGUGAUUAAGAUGAAACUUAAUACGAUGCUUCCCCAUGGCUCCCUGAGGCUCGCUAAAAAAUGUGUCAACAAUCUGCCACUAGGUGGCGCUCUGGUGGCAUGAUAAAUCACUGUGCGGAGACCGUAAUAGUUAUGAAUAUGAAAUUCACAGGUUACGUGUAGAGUGGUGCCUGAAGCUCACAUACCAAAAAUAGCGUUUGUAGCGCCCCCUACAGGAUAAAAAAACAGCAGCCCCGGCGCCAAGUUUCACCGAUAUGUACGAAACUCGGUAGGCACGUGUAACAUGCCGGGACGUACAAAAAAGCCUCUUGGACCCAUACCCGAAACCCCACAGGAAGUCGGCCAUUUUGAUUUAAAGUUUCAUUUUCGGCAAACUUUUUGUGUUGUAUUUGAACGAACUCCUCCUAGGGAAUUUAUUGGAUCUGCUUCAAAAUUAGUCAGUACAGUCAAAAUGGUGCUGAUUGAAAGUUGUGCUAUUUGUGACUGUACGUUAAAGGGCGUGUCCGUGGCGUUCCCUGAAAGUUGGCCAGGUUGAAUCGAAUGUCAAACUGUGAUGCUAUUUCCUGCAUUUAAGGGCUUCUGUUUUAACGAACUCCUCCUACAGAUUUUAUCAGAUUGACUUCAAAUUCGAUCACUCCAAUCUACACACAUUGGUUAUCAAACGUUGUGCUAUUUGUGACUGUAUGUUUAACCGUGUGCCCGUGACGACGUGUCGAAUUCCACCGAUUGGCCAUCAAACAGAUAGUACUCAUAUCUUCAAUGUACAGUCCCACCCUGAACACGUCCUCAUAACUUCAGCGUACAUGAUCCAAUCUCAAUGAAACUUCACGUGUUUGAUAACAGUCCCACCCUGAACACGUCUACAUGACAAUAUUCAGACAUAGUGAUAGCGCCACCUACUGGUAACAGGAAGCGCUGCGUGGCGAUUUUGAGCUGAUUUACGUGAAAUUUCAUGUGUUGGUCCGCACGUGUUACGAUGGCACGCAACACGGCCGCAGCACGCCCCGAGUUGCGUGGAGUGCGAGGUCCCUCCCAACGCUGCUUGCAGCUUUAAUAAUAAUAAUAAUUAUUAUUAUAAAUAAUUAUAUAUAUUAUAUAUACUUAAUUAAUAAUAUUAAUAAUAAUGAUAUAUAAUAAUAAUUAUUAUUAUAUAUAAUAAUUAUUAUUAUUAUUAUUAAUCACAUCUGGAUUGUUUGUUAUCCAGAUGUGAUCAUCAGUUGGAGUGUUUGCAGCCAGUCAGGCAACAGCACUGAGCCUGUUGUCAUGGAAACUGGGAACUGAAUGGAGGCACACACACACACACACACACACACACACACACACACACAGACACGCACACACACACACACAGACACACACAGACACGCACGCACACACACACAGACACACACAGACACGCACGCACACACACACACACACACAGACACGCACGCACACGCACGCACUCUCAGAAUAUUGUUCCUGAAGCACAGAAUGAGGAGAAUAUGUUUUAUUGAAUAUUUCUGUAGUUGGUUUGAGUUAGUAAUAAUUAUAGUUUGUACUUUGAUCGCUUUGUUACAAUAAACACUUUAAAAACA